CAGGAAGUUUUCCUUACCGAUUGUGUUGCAGAAGGACGAGAAGAAGGAAGCGAACAGACGCCUGCGGGUGCUUUAAUCUUCGCUGUAAAGCAGGGCAGCGAGAUGAAGCAGCAGAGGGAGAGCCAGUGUACUCAGAAGACCAUCUCAUUGCUGAGCCCCCUGGGGACGAUCCAAGUCAGUGGAUGUGAGAAUGGUGUGCACACCAUCCAGAUCCUAAUGGAUGUCGCACCUGCUGAAAGGAGCAGCGAGGCCCCUCUGAGCUGUGUGGUCAACGAUAGCCCGGCUGAAACGAGCCCCGAGUUGCAGCGCUGCGUCGAAUGGAUCCAGGCAUACUUCAGCGAGCCGCAGACCACUGGGAGUCUCCCGCUCCCCGCCUUUCACCACCCCGCCCUGCGAGGAGACGCGUUCACCAGCCGCGUGUUGCACAUUCUUCUGAGGGAUGUAAAGUUUGGAGAGACUGUCUCGUACAAACGCCUCGCCGAGAUGGCGGGAAACCCCAGAGCGGUGCGAGCAGUGGGAGGAGCCAUGAGAAGUAACCCAGUUCCUCUCCUCAUCCCCUGCCAUCGAGUCAUUUCCAGCAGCGGGCACAGUGGGCCGUACAUGAGCGGUAAAGGCGACCAUCUCAAACAAUGGCUGCUCGCCCACGAGAGGCAAAGAGAGGACGGCUGAAGCACGACAGGGCUCAGAGCGCCCUCCAUGUGGUGCUCACGCCAGGGCAGCGUCUUCCUCUUCUUUCUUUUUUAAAACAACCAAACAACUCCACAAACUUUCAGUACGCUUGCCUGUGGACCAGUUGCUGUUACUUGUAAAUAUUCAGUUAAUAGUAGUCCUUUUAAAAAAAAAAUAAUCUAAGAAUAAAGAUGUUGCAUAGUUAAUGUGAUACAGAAUUGUUGCAGAAUUAGAAUGUACAAAAAUAACUUAAACAGAGAACAGUAGGAAUUACAAACAUAUGCUCCCAUGGGUCUCUGUUGCGUUUGCCAGAUAGUGCUGGAGUGUGUGUGUUUUUUUUUGUUUUUUUUUCUGGAGAAUUAUUAUUCCUUUAAAAAUAUGUCUCUUGCAUUGUUGUUGGUUAUUUUUUUCUCCUAAGCAGAAUUAGUCUUUGUACCUCUCGUUGGUUUUUUUUAAUUUCCUGCCAAGUAAAUGCUUUGUUCGACAUCCAGUGAUAAAGGCUGUGAAUUUUC